GACUUGACAGCCCUGGUUGAGAAGAGUCUGGAGGGACCACCCAAGCCCUUCAGGAGGAGUUCUUCCUGCCCUUUAGAUGAAGUAUAAGGAAAGAGAAUAUAGAUAAGCAUGGAAAGUGAGGACACGAAGAAAAUUCAAGAAAUGAAGACUGACCUGAACUUGUUAUUGGAGUGUCUAAAGUAUCAAAUGGACAACCCCUUUUCACAAAAGGAAGCUCUGGUCACUAUUCAUUCAAUUUGUCAACAAAAUAAUAAUGCAGGUAUUUAUUUUCGGGAAAUUGGUGGUUUGACGUUUAUAAAAAAUCUUGCAAAAUCAAGUGAACAUAGUGUGGUAAAAGAAGCAGCGUUAUAUGCAUUAGGAGGUAUUGCAGAAAAAGAUGUUUACUGUCAACAAACUUUGUGUACUUCAGAGUUAUUUGAAGACUUAACUUGCUUCUUAUCUAAUGAGUCAAACACAAAUUUGAAGAGAGUGUCUGUCUAUGUUGUUCUGGUUCUGGUUUCAAAUAAUAGAAUGGGACAAACGCUUGUGAGAGAAACAGGUUGUAUUACAGUCCUAUCACAGUUGUUCAGGACAGUUCUUUCAAAAUAUGAGUUGAAUUUGUCAGAUAAAAAUGUUUUCCAGAAUUAUCAGUUGUGGUCUUCAGUGUGUAGUACUCUGUGUGUUUGUGUCAACAAUCCUCAAAAUGAUGAAAAUCAAAAGUUUUGCUGUUCACUUUUUUCAUAUGCUAAUGAGUGGCUAAUAAAUUGCAUGGAACCUGAGAUAAUUCGCCCAAUUUGCUCAUUUAUAGGACUCACUCUUGCAAAUAACAUUUCUGUUCAGAAAUAUUUUUUAUCUGUGGGUGGACUGGAUAUAUUGGCUCAAGUUUUUGUGCAACUGGUAUCUGAUUCCCACAAGACUCUUUCCAGUGCUAAGCUUGCAGUGAUGGUAACAAAGACAGUGGAUGCUUGUAUUGCUGAUAAUCCUACUUUUGGGAUAGUACUAUUCAAGUACCAGAUUGUUCCGAAACUUCUGACAUUACUGCUGCAUGAAAGUCUGGAUUCAGGAGAAAAAUUCAGCAUCAUACUUACUCUUGGUCAUUGCACAGAGGAUUGUGAGGAAAAUCAGUAUGACCUUUUUAAAUACAAUGGGCUUCCACUCAUGAUACAAGCUUUAACUGAUUCUCAGGAUGAGGAACUAAACAAAGCUGCCAUAUUUGUGCUUCACAACUGCCAAAGAGCUGCUGAGAAAUUAUCUCUAAGUCUCGGAGACUAUUCUUUUGAUGAAAAUGAAACAGAACAAUCAAAUUAUAUGAAUAUGAAAGAAAAGAAACUUGAAGAGCACUGGAAGAAAGCAAAAGAAAUUCUACACAGAAUUGAACAGCUUGAAAGAGAAGAGAAUGAGGAAAAAAUAAAAAGAGAGAAAUAUAUGGAUAAUAUUUUAUCUAGGAACAUAAAUCUUCAGAAUACAUUGAAGCAUCUCCACACAGAUAGCACUGGUCAAGGUACCAAAGGAGGAGAUAAGAGUAAAAGCCAUUGUAGACAGAUUCAGAGUUAUAAAUCCCAUAGAGUCAUGUCUCAAGCAUCAAGUGAUGACCAAAUGAAGACUCUUUUGAAGGAUGCAAAUCCAGUUAAUGCUUGUUAUAUAGAGGAUGAGAAAAAUAAGACUUUAUUUAAAGCCAAUUCAAGCUGCAAUCAAAACUCACACGAGGAAACAGCUCUUGAACAAAAUAAUUUUGUUUCUCAAUCAAGUGACCAUGUUUUUAAACAUCCAACUCACACUGCCAAAAAUAGAAAGCAGCAGUUACCAGUAACAGAUCCAUUUACAUUGUGUUCAGAUAUAAUAAACAAAGAAGUAAUCGGUUUUUUAGCAACUGAGGAUUGUUCAAAGAUGUUGAAAUAUAGGUGCUCAGGUUGCAUAGCAGUAGGAAAAUCCCUGAAUAGCCGAAAUUUUAGCAAGCUCUUGCAUUCUUGCCAGUACCAGUGUGAUCGUCACAAAGUCAUUGUGGAAGCUGAAGACAAAUAUAAAAGUGAACUAAGGAAAUCACUCAUCUGUAACAAAAAAAUUCUGCUGACCCCACGUAGAAGACAACGACUCAGUAAUGAAUCUAUUACCCCUGGAGAAAUAAAAAAAAGAAGAAUUCGUAAAAACUUUACCAAAGAAGAAGUGAAUUACCUUUACAAUGGAGUUAAGAAAAUGGGAAAUCACUGGAAUUCAAUUUUAUGGUCUUUCCCUUUUCAGCAAGGACGGACAGCUGUGGACCUUGCUCGCAAAUAUCAAAAGCUGACCAAAUACCCCAAAUGUGGGGCUUCUUGA